AUCAUAACGGCUUUCGAACGCGAGAGCGAUAAGGGCUGAAAAAAGAAAAUAAAAUUACGUGUCUCUCUUAAUUUCGCCCCCAUCUCGAACAAAUCUUUUAUACUUUUUUACUUAAUCAACCAAAAUGCCAAAGAUUGAAAAGCAAGUCGGAGACGAUCCCGAUCCCUCUGAGUGGUUGUUCGUCAGUCUCGAGCAAAAGCGUAUCGAUCAAUCGAAACCUUAUGAUGCCAAGAAAGCAUGCUGGGUUCCCUGUGAAAGCCAAGGUUAUGUCUUGGGUGAAAUCAAGUCAACCAAGGGUGACUUAGUCUCCGUCUCCCUUCCAGGUGGCGAGGAAAAAAAUUUGAAACGCGAUCUCCUAUCGCCAGUCAAUCCACCAAAAUUCGAAAAAGUCGAAGAUAUGGCAGAUUUGACUCACCUUAAUGAAGCUGCUGUAUUGCAUAAUUUGCGUCAGCGCUACUACAGUAAAAUUAUUUACACUAAGGAUUUCAAGAAAGACCUUGUUGGACAAGUUAACCCACCUAAAUACGAAAAAUGCGAAGAUAUGUCCAACUUGACUUAUCUUAACGAUGCCUCGGUUCUCCAUAACUUGAGACAACGUUAUUUGUCCAAACUUAUCUACACUUACUCUGGUCUCUUCUGUAUUGUCAUCAAUCCAUACAAACGUUGGCCAUUGUAUACCAACCGCGUCGCUAAAAUGUACCGUGGCAAGCGUCGCGCUGAGGUCCCACCUCAUCUUUUCUCGGUCUCUGAUGGCGCUUACGUCAACAUGUUGACCGAUCACGAAAACCAGUCUAUGUUGAUUACUGGUGAAUCUGGUGCUGGAAAAACUGAGAACACCAAGAAAGUCAUUGCGUACUUCGCUACCAUUGGUGCUUCCACCAAGAAGCCCACUGAAGGCGAAAAGAGCAAGGGAUCAUUGGAAGAUCAAGUCGUCCAAACCAAUCCCGUUCUUGAAGCUUUCGGUAACGCUAAGACUGUCCGUAAUGACAACUCUUCUCGUUUCGGUAAAUUCAUCCGUAUCCAUUUCUCUGGAUCUGGUAAAUUGUCAGGUGCUGAUAUUGAGACCUACUUGUUGGAAAAGGCUCGUGUCAUCUCCCAACAAACUUUGGAACGUUCUUACCAUAUCUUCUACCAAAUGAUGUCUGGAUCAGUUCCCGGACUUAAAGCCCAUUGUUUGUUAUCCGACAAUGUUAUGGACUAUUACGUCGUGUCACAAGGCAAGACAACCAUCCCUGGUGUAGAUGAUGGUGAAGAAAUGACUUUAACCGAUGGCAAAACUACAAUUCCAAAUGUAGAUGAUGGUGAAGAAAUGGAAGCUACUGACGGCAAAACUACUAUUCCAAAUGUAGAUGAUGGUGAAGAAUGCGAAGCUACUGAUGUAAGAUUUAAGACACUGCUUAGAAUUAAAUCUGCUUCAAAAGAUUUUUAUUAAAAUUGCAUUUUGUCCAAUAACAUUAAGGACUACUAUGUUGUGUCGCAGGGCAAAACUACAAUUCCAAAUGUAGACGAUGGUGAAGAACUUGAAGCUACAGAUGUAAGAAAAGUUUUUGCCAAUUUAUGCUUUACAAAACAAUUCAAUAUGUCAGUGUUAUGUGAUAUGUUAUGUUGCACAUAUUCUAAUAACACAAACCAUUCCAUACAAAUCAUAUCCCCAUACGCAGAUAUCUGCUUACUUUCCAACAACAUUAUGGAUUACCAUAUUGUGUCUCAAGGCAAAACCACAAUUCCUAGCGUUGAUGAUGCAGAAGAAAUGGGAUUCACUGAUGGUAAAGUAACUAUCCCCAAUGUUGAUGACGGUGAAGAAUGUACUUUGACUGAUCAAGCUUUCGAUAUCUUGGGUUUCACUCAAGAAGAAAAGGACAAUGUCUACAAGAUCACUGCCGCUGUCAUGCACAUGGGAGCCAUGGCUUUCAAACAAAGAGGUCGCGAAGAACAGGCUGAAGCUGAUGGUACCGAAGCUGGUGAGAAGGUCGCCAAAUUGUUCGGAGUUGACUGCCAAGAUCUCUACAAGAACUUGCUUAAGCCCCGUAUCAAGGUCGGUAACGAGUUCGUCACACAAGGUCGUAACAAGGAUCAAGUCACCAACUCCGUCGGUGCCCUCUGCAAGGGUGUGUUCGAUCGUCUCUUCAAAUGGUUGGUCAAGAAGUGUAACGAAACACUUGACACCAAGCAAAAGCGUGUAUCCUUCAUUGGUGUACUGGAUAUUGCUGGUUUCGAAAUUUUCGACUUCAACGGUUUCGAACAAUUGUGUAUUAACUUCACCAAUGAGAAGUUGCAACAGUUCUUCAACCAUCACAUGUUCGUUCUUGAACAAGAAGAAUAUAAGAAAGAAGGUAUCAAUUGGGCUUUCAUUGAUUUCGGCAUGGACUUGUUAGCUUGCGUGGAACUUAUUGAAAAGUAUAAUGGGUUUGAACAACUCUGUAUCAAUUUCACUAAUGAAAGAUUACAACAAUUCUUUAAUCAUCACAUGUUUGUUCUUGAACAAGAAGAAUAUAAAAAAGAAGGUAUUGUCUGGGCAUUCAUUGACUUUGGCUUGGACUUGCUUGCGACCAUUGAAAUGAUUGAAAAAUACAACGGCUUCGAACAAUUGUGUAUUAACUUCACAAAUGAAAAAUUGCAACAAUUCUUCAACCAUCACAUGUUCGUUCUUGAACAAGAAGAAUACAAAAAGGAAGGUAUCCAUUGGGACUUUAUUGAUUUCGGCAUGGAUCUCUUGGCUUGUAUUGAGAUGAUUGAAAGAUACAACGGUUUCGAACAAUUGUGUAUUAACUUCACCAAUGAGAAGUUGCAACAGUUCUUCAACCAUCACAUGUUCGUUCUUGAACAAGAAGAAUAUAAGAAAGAAGGUAUCGAUUGGGCCUUCAUUGAUUUCGGCAUGGACUUGUUGGCUUGUAUUGAGAUGAUUGAGAAGUUCCCACACCCAAAAAUAUUUAUAAAACGAAUUGAACAUAUUAUGACAAUGUUUAUUGUUUUCGUAAAAUAUUUAAUUUUAUUCCCGCCACCAUUAAUUCCACAGUAUAACGGCUUCGAACAAUUGUGUAUUAACUUCACCAAUGAGAAAUUGCAGCAGUUCUUCAACCAUCACAUGUUCGUUCUUGAACAAGAAGAAUAUCAACGUGAGGGAAUCGAAUGGACUUUCAUCGAUUUCGGCAUGGAUUUGCAAACAUGUAUUGAUUUGAUUGAAAAGUUUAAUGGAUUCGAACAACUUUGUAUUAAUUAUACAAACGAACGAUUACAACAAUUUUUCAAUCACCACAUGUUUGUACUCGAACAAGAAGAGUAUGAACGUGAAGGCAUUGGCUGGGUCUUCAUUGACUUUGGCCUGGAUCUUCAAUCAACAAUUGAGCUAAUUGAAAGGCCUAUGGGUAUCUUGUCCAUUCUUGAAGAAGAAUCUAUGUUCCCUAAAGCUACUGAUCAGACAUUCGCUGAGAAGUUGAUGACCAACCACUUGGGCAAAUCUGCUCCAUUCUUGAAGCCAAAACCACCAAAGCCUGGUUGCCAAGCUGGUCACUUUGCCAUUGCUCAUUAUGCUGGUAUUGUCACAUAUAACAUCACUGGAUGGUUGGAAAAGAACAAGGAUCCAUUGAACGACACUGUUGUCGAUCAAUUCAAGAAGGGAAGCAACAUGUUGUUGCUCGAAAUCUUCGCUGACCAUCCAGGUCAAUCUGGUACCGCUGACGCCGGUGGCAAGGGAGGUCGUGGUAAGAAGGGUGGGGGCUUCGCCACUGUCUCAUCUUCCUACAAGGAACAAUUGAACAACUUGAUGCAAACAUUGCGUGCAACUCACCCUCAUUUCGUCCGUUGUAUCAUUCCCAACGAAUUGAAACAGACUGGUUUGAUCGACGCUAAGCUUGUCAUGCAUCAGCUCACUUGUAACGGUGUACUUGAAGGUAUCCGUAUCUGUCGUAAAGGUUUCCCCAACAGAAUGAACUACCCUGAUUUCAAGUUGCGUUAUAAGAUCUUAGCUCCACAACUUAUGGAUGAUGAGCCAAAUCCAAAGAUUGCAACAGAAAAAUGUUUAGAGAGCACAACACUUGACCCCGACUUUUAUCGCAUUGAUGUUCCCAAACCCGAGGUAGCAUCCCAAAUUAUUUUAACACAUCUUCAAAUGCCCGAAGAAAAUUACCGCAUGGGCAAGACAAAGGUCUUCUUCCGUGCUGGUGUCUUGGGUCAAAUGGAGGAAUUCCGUGAUGAACGUCUCAGCCGUAUCAUGUCAUGGAUGCAAUCAUGGGCUCGUGGUUUCCUUACCCGUAAGACCUUCAAGAAAUUGCAAGAACAACGUCUUGCCCUCACAGUUGUCCAACGCUCAUUGCGUAGAUAUCUUAAGCUCCGCACAUGGCCAUGGUGGAAAUUGUGGCAAAAAGUUAAGCCAUUGCUCAAUGCCUCACGCGUUGAAGAUCAAAUUGCUGUAAAAUAUUCUUCCUUCCUGUUUGUCUCAAACGAUCCAAAUAAUUAUCUUAUUGCAAAUAAUCGAAAUAAAUAUUUAAAAAUCGUGAUGUCUACAAAUGAACCAGAGCCUAAAAUCGAAAUAAGUACGGCGGUUCUUAUUCCACCUGAUACGGAUAAUACUUCGAAGGCACAUAUUGUGCCUGAAAAACGUAAAGUUAAAAAGUCUAAAGAACCUAAAGAACCUAAAGUGGUCGUUCCUGCUCCUGAAAUUGAGAAAGUAAUUGAACCUGAAGUAGUUCCAGUUGUGGAACCUGAAACGGUUAAAGUUAUCGAACAAGAAAUAACGAAUGAUGUCGAGCCUGAAAAAAUUAUUGAUGAAGUUGUACAUGAAGAAGAAAUUCCAAUUAUUGAACCAGAAAAGCCUAGAAAAUCAGUGAAACUUGUUGAAACAAGCACAUAUUUCAACGAUGAACCGAUGACAUUUCAGAAACUUGAAGAGAAAGCAGCUAAAGCCCAAGAAGCCUUCGAAAAGGAAGAGAAAGCCCGCAAGGAAUUGGAAGCCCUCAACAGCAAAUUGUUGGCUGAAAAGACCGCUCUUUUGGACUCAUUGUCUGGAGAGAAGGGAGCUCUUUCAGAUUACCAAGAAAAGUGUGCUAAGCUCACCGCCCAAAAGAAUGACUUGGAUAACCAAUUGCGUGAUGUCCAAGAACGUUUGGCACAAGAAGAAGAUGCCAGAAAUCAAAUGUUCCAAACCAAGAAGAAGUGCGAACAAGAGAUUUCGGGCUUGAAGAAAGACUUGGAAGACUUGGAAUUGUCAAUCCAAAAAUCAGAACAAGACAAGGCUACCAAGGACCAUCAAAUCCGCAAUUUGAAUGAUGAAAUCGCCCAUCAAGAUGAACUCAUCAACAAAUUGAACAAGGAGAAGAAGAUGCAAGGAGAAACCAACCAAAAGACAGCUGAAGAAUUGCAAGCUGCUGAAGAUAAGGUCAACCAUUUGAACAAAGUUAAAGCCAAGUUGGAACAAACUUUGGAUGAAUUGGAAGAUUCAUUGGAACGUGAAAAGAAACUCCGUGGUGAUGUUGAAAAAUCCAAGCGUAAGGUUGAAGGUGACUUGAAACUCACCCAAGAAGCUGUCGCUGACUUGGAACGCAACAAGAAGGAGCUUGAACAAACCAUCCAACGUAAAGACAAGGAAAUUUCAUCUCUCACCGCUAAGUUGGAAGAUGAACAAUCCUUGGUUGGAAAACUCCAAAAACAAAUCAAGGAACUCCAAUCAAGAAUUGAAGAACUUGAAGAAGAAGUCGAGGCUGAACGUCAAGCUCGUGCCAAGGCUGAGAAACAACGUGCUGAUUUGGCUCGUGAACUCGAGGAAUUGGGUGAACGUCUCGAAGAAGCUGGUGGUGCAACAUCUGCCCAAAUCGAACUCAACAAGAAACGUGAAGCUGAAUUGGCUAAAUUGCGUCGUGAUUUGGAGGAAGCUAACAUUCAACAUGAAGGCACAUUGGCCAACUUGCGCAAGAAGCACAACGAUGCCGUCGCUGAAAUGGCUGAACAAGUUGAUCAACUCAACAAAUUGAAGACCAAAGCUGAGCACGAUCGUGCUAAUAUGUAUAAUGAAUUGAACAAUACUCGCGCUGCCUGUGAUCAACUAUCUCGCGAGAAGCAUGAAGAAAAUAUUCACCAUGUAGCUGAAAAGGAGAGAUCACAAUACUUCGGAGAAGUCAAUGAUCUCCGUCACAGCCUCGACCAAGUUGCCAAUGAAAAGGCCGCCCAAGAGAAGAUCGCCAAGCAAUUGCAACACACCCUCAACGAAACUCAAGGAAAAUUGGAUGAAACCAACCGCACUUUGAACGAUUUCGAUGCUGGCAAGAAGAAGUUGUCAAUUGAAAACUCAGAUCUUCUUCGUCAAUUGGAAGAAGCUGAAUCACAAGUUUCACAAUUGUCCAAGAUCAAGAUUUCACUCACCCAACAAUUGGAAGAUACCAAACGUUUGGCCGAUGAGGAAGCUCGUGAACGUGCUACACUUUUGGGCAAAUUCCGCAACUUGGAACACGACUUGGAUAACCUCCGUGAACAAGUUGAAGAAGAAGCUGAAGGCAAGGCUGAUAUGCAACGUCAACUCAGCAAAGCCAACGCUGAAGCUCAAUUGUGGCGUGCCAAAUACGAAUCUGAGGGUGUCGCUCGCUCAGAAGAAUUGGAAGAAGCUAAACGUAAGCUCCAAGCUCGUCUCGCUGAAGCCGAAGAAACAAUCGAAUCUCUCAACCAGAAAUGUGUUGCUUUGGAGAAGACCAAGCAACGUCUUUCAACAGAAGUCGAAGACUUGCAAUUGGAAGUUGACCGUGCCACCACCAUUGCCAACGCUGCUGAGAAGAAACAAAAGGCCUUCGACAAGAUCAUUGGCGAAUGGAAACUCAAGGUUGAUGACCUUGCCGCUGAAUUGGAUGCUUCCCAAAAGGAAUGCCGCAACUACUCCACCGAAUUGUUCCGUCUCAAGGGAGCAUACGAAGAAGGACAAGAACAAUUGGAAGCUGUCCGCCGUGAAAACAAGAACUUGGCUGAUGAAGUCAAGGACUUGCUCGACCAAAUCGGUGAAGGUGGCCGCAACAUCCAUGAAAUCGAAAAGGCACGCAAACGUCUUGAAGUUGAAAAAGACGAAUUGCAAGCUGCUUUGGAAGAAGCUGAAGCUGCUUUGGAACAAGAAGAGAACAAAGUAUUGCGCGCUCAACUCGAGUUGUCUCAAGUUCGUCAAGAAAUUGACCGCCGCAUCCAAGAGAAGGAAGAAGAAUUCGAAAACACCCGCAAGAAUCACCAACGUGCCCUCGACUCAAUGCAAGCUUCACUCGAGGCUGAAGCCAAGGGUAAGGCUGAGGCUCUUCGCAUGAAGAAGAAGUUGGAAGCUGACAUCAAUGAACUUGAAAUCGCUUUGGACCACGCCAACAAGGCCAACGCUGAAGCUCAAAAGAACAUCAAACGUUACCAACAACAGCUUAAAGACUUGCAAACUGCCCUCGAAGAAGAACAACGUGCCCGUGAUGAUGCCCGUGAACAACUCGGAAUCUCAGAACGUCGCGCCAACGCCCUCCAAAACGAAUUGGAAGAAUCUCGUACCCUCUUGGAACAAGCCGACCGUGGCCGUCGCCAAGCAGAACAAGAAUUGGGAGAUGCUCAUGAACAACUUAAUGAAAUCUCUGCCCAAAACGCUUCCAUUUCAGCUGCCAAGAGAAAGUUGGAAUCAGAAUUGCAAACUCUCCACUCCGAUUUGGAUGAAUUGUUGAACGAAGCCAAGAACUCCGAAGAAAAGGCCAAGAAGGCUAUGGUUGAUGCUGCCCGUCUUGCUGAUGAACUCCGUGCUGAACAAGACCAUGCUCAAACCCAAGAGAAACUCCGCAAGGCUCUUGAAACUCAAAUCAAGGAAUUGCAAGUCCGUUUGGAUGAAGCUGAAGCCAACGCCCUUAAGGGAGGCAAGAAAGCAAUCCAAAAAUUGGAACAACGUGUACGUGAAUUGGAGAAUGAAUUGGAUGGUGAACAACGCAGACAUGCUGAUGCCCAGAAGAAUCUCCGCAAGGGUGAACGCAGAAUUAAGGAAUUGACCUUCCAAUCCGAAGAAGAUCGUAAGAACCAUGAACGCAUGCAAGACUUGGUCGACAAACUUCAACAGAAGAUCAAGACAUACAAGAGACAGAUUGAAGAAGCCGAAGAAAUUGCUGCCCUCAACUUGGCCAAAUUCCGCAAAGCUCAACAAGAAUUGGAAGAAUCUGAGGAACGUGCUGACUUAGCUGAACAAGCCAUCAGCAAAUUCCGUGCAAAGGGACGUGGUGGAUCAAUGGCUCGUGGAGCUAGCCCAGUGCCCCAAAGACCAAACCCCGCAUUCGGAGGACCUCGUUUCGAUCUUGCUCCUGAAAACGACUUCUAAACAUUUGGAAAAAUAAAACGAUCUUGAAAUCAUUUGCUUUAUUAUUUUAUUUUAAGAUCCCUUUUUUAUUUUUUUUAUAAUUUGCCUCGAUGUGCUUAAUUUCUAUACACAAAAAGGAGUUUUCAAAACUUUAUUGCGUUGAAAAACCAAUGAAAAUAGUAAAUUGUAAAAUUGAAAAGAUCAUAAAUUCCAUCGAAAUUUUCAUCAGAAAAAUCUCCAUAAACAAUAGAUUCACACACCAAUUAAUAGCCCACAAAGUAAAGAAAAUAUUUGCCACAAGCUUAACCUUUCAUUUUUUACAUUUUUAUUUAAAAUUUAAUUCUUUUCUAUAAGUCAUUGUUUGCGCCGACAUUAUUUGUUGUAAAAAAAUAAAUGGGAAAAAUGUUUAAAACAGAAAGUGAGAGAAAAUUUAAAUAAUGUAUUUAUUUUUCUUUGUUCUUUUUGUAAUUAAUUAUUAAAAAAUUCAAUUUGAUAGGAAUUCAGAGAAUAGGAACAUCUUUUCGAUCGUAUUGAACUGAUGUGUUAGGGAACAUUUUGCUUAUGAUAUUUCUCAUUAAGUAUCUGAAUGAAAACGAACAAAUAUCUUAGCUUUUCAAAAACAAAUCGAAAAAAAACCAGCAAUAAAAAUUAACUAAUAAAUAAGAGAAUCGCCGAAGGAAUGUGGAAAAAGAGACACAAUUAUGAGACACGUUUACCAACUUAUUAUUCAGCCCAUUAUUUCAUCACACGACAUCAGAUUUUCUUUUAAAAGCAGUUCAUUUUUGUUUCUUGGUUUUCUUUAUAAACGUUACGAAACAUUAUCUAGUUAGGAAAUGUCAUAAAAUUCACCUUUCUUAACAUAACAGUGCAAUUAUUUUAUACUGAAUUCCAGAGGAAAAAUAUGUGUGAACCAUUGAACAUCUUGAACAACUUAUUAAAUAAACAAAAUAAUUUAAAAUAAAAAAAACUUAUCAAUGAAUUUUUAUUUCUUAUUUGAAAACUUUCAACAAUUUCUUACAGAUUUAACUUUGAAUUUGUGCAAUUCUAAUUGUGUUAAAU